AUGAGCGAACUUCUUCUCCCUGACCGGAGGCAGGCUAGAGACUCGUCACGCGGGUCAGAGAAAUCUCAACACCUCGUCCCCAGCAAUUGCUCGCUUGCUUCGUCUAAGCCAACCGGGGUUCUCUCUGCCAAACUUCGCCGGAAAACAGCCAAAGUCGUUACGGUUUUCAAAUCGUUGACAAAUAGCUCAUCCGAACCACAUAUCGUUUCGGAGUUGCCGAGCCCACCUCAGGGGGAGCAUAGCACGAAGUUGACCGUCAUGUCGGGCAUUCACAAGAUGUCGAAUGCUAUAUUCCGCCCUCCCGCCGAUCCAACUGUUGUCCGCCGACCAAGCCCCAAAGCUCGCCCCCCACUGAAAGGAACCUUCGACGACGCCGGGACAUCGGGAGAUUCGAACCCCACCACACCGUCAAACUCCGGGUCUAGCAAGGACACGGCUUCUCGAGGCACAGCCCAAAAGCACCAUCGCGAUGUUGACAACAAGCCUACCGCCAAAUCAGCCUUCACGGCCAAAGACCCGAACACUCUCGGCCGCGAUCCAAAGCCAUUCCCAACCAAUGACCCACGGGCACUACUUGGGCCAUGUCCCGACUCGAGCAGAACUACAUUGAUAUCCCCAUCGAGGUAUAUCGACCUUGGUUUGAGCAAGAAAAGGUCUCCCAGCUGUAGUCAACCGAGUAUCGCGACUGUCGAGCGCACAGCCGCCGCCAAAAUCUAUCUCGAAACGCACUUCAACGAAUUGUUAGCGCCCGGCCCGUCCCCACGACAGAUGAGACAGCAAGUGCUGGAAACAGAGCUUUUUAACCGGGCCCGGGAGAGGGGGAUGCCCAUGAGCAGCGCCGAGAGUCGGGUGGCGCGUGCGAUAUUCCGGCGCCGCGAGAGCGAGUACUUGCGAGAGAUGAGGAACGUGAAGGUAAAGAGUUUGAGGCUACACAACAUGACAGGAGCGCACAGGGGUCAAGCGAGUGAGUAUGAGACGGUCAGGGUGUUGGGAAGGGGUAGUUUUGGGGUGGUGAAGUUGGUGAGAGAGCACCGGAGAGGACAGGUUUAUGCGAUGAAGGUGAUCAAAAAGAACAGGAUGCUGAAGACGAGCCAGGAGGGUCAUCUCAGAGCAGAAAGGGAUAUUUUGGUAGCGAGCGAGGGCUCGAGAUGGAUCGUGCCCCUGGUUGCCAGCUUUCAGGAUCUCUCCAAUCUAUAUUUGGUGAUGGAGUACAUGCCAGGCGGAGACUUUUUAAGUCUACUUAUCCGUGAGAGCAUACUGCCCGAAACCGUCGCGCGCUUUUAUAUAGCCGAGAUCAUACUGUGCGUUGAAGCAGCACACUCGCUCAAAUGCAUCCAUCGCGACAUCAAGCCCGACAACUUCCUCGUCUCGGCAUCCGGGCACCUCAAGAUCAGCGAUUUCGGGCUCGCAUUCGACGGGCAGUGGUAUCACGAUGCGACCUACUACAACAAGGAGGAAAUUCGCAAGUCGAGCACGAAAAAGAAGCCGACUAGCACCGCAGCGGCCAUUGAGAAGCACGACAAGAAAAACUGGAACGAUGGAGAAGCACUGCUGAGCUGGCGCAACCGUUGUGGGACACGGCAAGUAGCAAGGAGUGUGGUGGGAACCAGCCAAUAUAUGGCCCCUGAAUGGAGUGUCGGAAUCAUCCUCUUUGAGUGCAUCUACGGGCACACACCUUUCCUAUCGGAAGAAGGACGCCAGAAAACCAAAGAGAACAUUGUACGCCACCACGAGACAUUUGGCUUUCCGUCCCGCCCGGCAGUUUCCCGGCGCUACCAGCACCUGAUGCUGUCCUUGAUCACGGACAAAGAGUACCGAUUAUGUUCCGAACGAUACCGGAUGAAAGACUUGAUUGCUUCGUCUCCCUCUUCCUCUUCCGGGGGUGCCACUAAGACACGAGAUUUUGCGGCCCGGUAUGUGUUUCCCUAUGACGCCGAGGACCUCAAAGCGCACAAGUGGUUCCGCCACAUCCCCUGGGAACGCCUUCAUCAAAUCGAGCCACCACUGGUGCCGAAGCUUCGCUCUGUUAACGACACUCAUUACUUUGACGACAGCGGAUCGAUAACCGACGAGAGCGGAACGGGCCAUGAGGAUGAUGAGGUGGUGGUGUAUGGGGCCCACGACGGCGCCGCCGAAGGAUACUCGAUGCAGAGCCCCGGCUGGUCUCCGGCGUGCUAUCCGCUGACCACCACCCUUGUCGUGCCCCCGACGGAUCACAAUGACUACUUCCAGACUUACAACAACUACUCAACACCUCCUCUCCUACCGUCCCUUGAAUCUCCCGUUACGUCGGCCCAUUUCUCAUCCGCAUUUCCCGUCCAACCAUCGCAAGAGCACUUCGUCAUGCUCCGCCGGCUGCCAUACACCUUGCAAAACCUCGCGCUUACGAUCCUUUCAAUGCCGCCCCACGAUAUUGAAACCAAAAUGCACGCGCUCGAGGUAUACCUCGAGCAGCUACCGUCCACGACGGACGCCGAGCGUGUAUGCCUCCAAGACUUUUUCUUGCAGUUUACCCCCGGUGGCGCUGGACGGGGCGAUAAGCGGAAACCGGAGCGCAAGCGCGCGCGGGACAAGCUUUUACGGGACCGGGAGACAAAGGGGGUUGCCAUGGAGGUGAGGAGGCGUACGGCGUUUUUAGGAUAUGAGUGGGUUAGAAUGAGGAAGGCUAAUGAGGAGGAAGAGCCGUGCGCGGAAGAGAGAACUGAGAGUGUUAAUGGUGGCGGGUGUGGGCUGGAUGGCGAGGCCGGUGCUAAUAGCGAACGGAAAAAUGAUGGAUUGAUCGAGCGGCUGGCUGGGUUGGCGGAUGGCGAGCAAGAAGCAAGGGGGGGACACCUGCUGGACAGGCUUGUGGCGAAGAAGCAGCUCCCUUCUGACCACCGGUGCUGA